CACUCCCUCCUCCCAGCUCCUUUACGAAUCUCCCUCCCCCUUUCCUCAUUCAAGCCGCUGGACCGUCAUGUACCCGGAGCGCUCCUCAAGUGCGGGGAUCUGAAGGCGAAGACGCCGAGGGAGAGCGUGUGUUGGGGGGGCCGGAGAUCACCCCAUGAGCAUCUGCUUAAAGCCCCGUUAUGGGAAAUUAUUUUGCGAUUACGGUAUUUUGCUUUUUAAAAAUAAUGAUGGUCUUUUAACUUGGCGGUGUUUUAACCCCGCUUUUCGCCGAUGAUCUCUACAUCUGUAUUCAGAUUUGUAAAUAUUUACGAUCGCCCUUUUAUAGGGGCGUAAAAAGUAAAACAAUCGACUUUCCAGCAGAAGGGACCGGUCGGAUAUUUGCGAAGAGGCGAAAUGUAAAGACUAAACAAAAAUAAGAGUUGGAAGUACCCAGAAAGGGUGUGAAAACAGCCCGCAUCACAACCAGUGCUUUUUGUUUGCACACUUUGUGUAUAUCUGCACAUCCAUAAGAAAGACGAGUGUGACGAGAAAUAGAGGAGUCGAGCUGAACCCGAGGAGGGACAAAGGUACAACACUUAAGAAGAGUGUUUUGUAAACGAGAAAGACCUGUUCGCCCCCAUUUCCCCCACAAACGAGACUGAAUUAAAUCCCGAACUCACAAAUGAGUUUGUGCAAGGCGCAGCAAAGAGCCCGUUUCGCGAAAUCUCGGCGCUGAAGACACUGCGUGUUCAUCCAGGAUCCACGCUUCUCCUACCGCCAGGGAGGUCAAACUUAAAUCAUGCCUUUUUCCAGGGUUUGGACAGCUCCAUAAAAUAUUCUCUUUAUUAAUAAAAUCUUUCGCAGUCGCCGCAUUUUCUUCAUAUCAUUGCAAACUGCGGUCCGCUGGUGGGGCACUUUGUCUGAAUCUGCCCCAGUCCGAACUGCCCCGAUUAGGGGAGCCGCGAUCCGGGGAUGGCGACGCCGGCUCGACAUGGCGCAAGUAACCUGAGUCUCCUAGCCGUGUUCCUUAUGGAUAUACUGGGCAUCUCGGCCACCAACAUGGAGCCCAUAUACUGGAAUUCACUGAACAAAAGGUUUACAGACAGCCGGGGAUACAUUCUGUAUCCGCAGAUUGGAGACCGACUGGACCUCAUAUGCCCGGGUUCGGACCGUCCUGGACCGCUGGCGCCGGCAGAGUAUGAAUACUAUAAGCUGUACCUGCUGUCGUCGCGAGAGCAAGCAGACCACUGCGAGGUGACUGGCCCCCCCAACCUGCUGCUCACCUGCGACAAGCCCAGCAGCGAUACGCGCUUCACCAUCAAGUUCCAGGAAUUUUCGCCAAACCUGUGGGGGCAUGAGUUCAAGACCAUGCAGGAUUACUACAUCAUAGCCACUUCUGAUGGAACGAGGCAGGGCCUGGACAGCAUGAGGGGUGGAGUGUGUCUCACGCGAGGGAUGAAGGUGGUGCUCAAAGUGGGACAGAACCCGUAUGGACUGCCCCCCAAGCCUGCUAAACCAGACUCAGGUCAGCCUUACAGCAGGAAACCAGGUGCACCGGGGAACUCCAGCCUCGCGGAGGGAGCCACCGAGGGCGAGGGCGAGAACGGCCCGCUGUCUCACUCCAACGUGGCUCUGAUCGCGGGGGCGGCCGGCGGCUCUGCCUGCGUGCUGCUGGCCUCGGCGGUGCUGUGCGUGGUGUGCUACCGGAGGCGCCGCAGCAAGCCCUCGGAGUCGCGGCACCCCCCGCUCUCCCUCUCCUCUCUGGCCAGCCCCAAGCGCGGGGGCGGCGCCAUGGCCGCCGGCAACAACAACGGCUCGGAGCCCAGCGACAUCAUCAUCCCUCUGCGAGCCUCGGACUCGGCCUACUGCCCACACUAUGAGAAAGUGAGCGGCGACUACGGCCACCCCGUCUACAUCGUGCAGGAGAUGCCGCCCCAGAACCCUGCUAACAUCUACUACAAAGUAUGAGGGCAGGGCCUCUUGCGGGUCGUGCGCCUCUCGCCCAGCCCACUGUACCCUGCUCCCCGCCCCAUUGGUCGGCCCAUCAGGGCCAUUGGGUCAGGAAGGCGGGGCCUCUUGCUCCUGAUGUUUCUUUUUGGGCCUCCAGACAGAGGCUGGCGAUUACGAUCUUAUGUCUGCACCAGAUGUUGACCACUGGGUCCUAACCAGUAGUGGGACUUAGUAGCAAGACCCGGCCCAGCGCUGGGUUUUCAGUCCUCACCACUUCUGCAGCAGACUUUCGGGACAGGGAUCUCCAGGGUCUCGUUGGGUUGAAGCCACAUGAGGCGUGAUCCGCUGGAUCUGCCGUGUGUUUGUUCCCGUCGCCAGUAAAAGAUCCCGAACUGAUCCCAUGCCAUAGCACCAAUGGCGCAAGGCGCAUGCCUGCCGCAGAAGCGCAGGUUAGACUGUUCUGAAUCAAGAAGAAGAUCAAUCACCGCAGAGGUCACACUUAAAAUUACAGUUUAAGUAACUCCUUGUAUUUUCUGUUGUUGUUUGAACUGUUUGAGUAAGUAGCUGUCAUUUGCAUACAUUUUUCUCAGCUGGUGAAUGUUACUGGCUGGAUCUCCAUUCAGUUUUGUUUAGUUGUUUUUUAUAAUUUUUUUUUUUGUUAAUCGAUGUUAAUUGCCAGACUCGCCUCCUGUAUGUUCUCUGGUUCUCUGUGCAGCGAUACAGCUUUUGUAGUGUUCACAGUCAGGGAGGUUCACGACAGGGUCGUCCCACCAUUAAACGAUGCAUGAGAGGGAUUCGACCAGACCAUGUUGGAGGGAAGAGUUGGGGAAAGAGCUCCAUGGUGGAGAGAAGGUGGGACUUGGCUCUGCAGAUGCUUUGUGGGAGAUUUGUGAGAUGCUAGGAUAUGUUUGUAAUAGAUUCUCACCUGCACACUUCACGUUCAUACCCGUCUGCACCCACGCAGGGCCAGACGAGCACAGACAUGCUUGAACACUCCCUCUGAUGCUGCCUUCUCUGCCUUGAGGGCCCACAGAUAAAACGACUAGCAUGGGAGGAGCAAGGGCCAGCAGUGUGGGAAAACAUCUACCUACCCAGAAUCCUCCACUACAGAUGGAAAUUUGAGGUUACAGAUGUGUCGGGGAGAGAAGAUUGGGCAAGGGGAGGGGGCACACCAAUGCCAUUCAGGUGUGAAUACACCUUUCCAGCCCCAACAUGUCCCACAUGUGGAUCUCUGCAUGUCCUCUCUUACCUGCUUAAUUGGGUCAGCGAAACACUCGGCACUGCCAUUCUCCCACUUCGCGUCAGGGUGAGGGGGCCCGAGUGGAGCCGUUCGGAUUAUUGCACAUAACCUUUCGUGUCACCGCUAGUGUUGGAGUGUCAGAGUUGCAUUUCGAAGUGUUUAAUUUCAGUCUGGCAGGGCUAGGAAAAAAGGCGGAACGUGUAGCUUCUUCCCCGCCGCUGUGGUCUGUGUGAUCGUGUUCGCCGCGUAGCGCGUGAGGGAUGUGGCAGGAGACGCCAAGUACGUGUUGCUGUGCUCUUAUACACUUUAAGAUGGUUUCCAUGUUUCAUGUAACGUUUUCUCUCUCAGCCUCACCAACCCUUUGGAAAAGAGAUUUAAAAAAAAAAAAAAAAAAGUUAGUAUAUUCCUGGAAAAUCACAUAAACAGACUUGUUUGAAAACCUA